CUUUGUUGGCAGGGCGUUAACUCCUGACCCCAUUAGUCAAAUACAUUAUAGUGUUCGCCACUACUGCGAUGGUUGGGUCUCACGCUAAAAAUGUCUAGAGAUCAGAAGAUCGAUAAGCCACAGCUUACCAUUACGCAAACCAAGAACAGCUGUACAGCAUAUACAGCUUAUCACCUGGGACAUACAAAAGCCCUCCUUUCUGGACCUCUACUAACUACAGGACUCGACGCUCUUCAAGCCAUACCUUCAACCGUACUUUGUGUUUUGGAAUUACUUUACAACCUAUCAUGUUGAUACCUUCGGGGACCCUCGUCAGGAACUUGACAUUUCAGUCCAACGAUCUCGGCCGAGAGACAACAAUUCUGCUCGUCUUUGAUGCCAACGUGGAGGGCCUUUGCGGCACAAUCUACCCCGUGGUUUGGAAAACUUUCACUUUCCCAAAGACAGGCUCGAGUAGUUUUGAAGUGACCUACACGAACGACCUUGCUUUUUUUACAGCAGACAUCGAAGAUGAGAACGUCAUUCGAACUUUCACUAAAUUCAAGCUGAAGCCAGGCCAAAAAACCACACUGUCUCUGAAGAAUGAAAGUGAUACGUUAAGUUUCUCUCCACCUGUGGAUGGUACCAGCGGUUGCCUGACGGCAGAGAACAAGACUGGACUUGUUCAGGACCUUGCAGUCGGCUUUUUUGCCUCGAGCUACUUCACGGCUAAUGAGCCUGUUCCGGCACUCUUCUUCAAGGAAGUUGAAGACGGCAGUAAUGCAACUAUUCAGUGGAAACCAGUCCUUCGCGUUUACAUCGAAUCGGGUUAUCGAGAGACCGAGGUCUUGGUCGAUGCCAUCAGCAGUACUGCCAUCUGGGAGCACGAUCUCCACCAACUUUUUCGGAACACGACCUUAAACCUCGAACGGAACAGGAUAACUGGACGUUGCACGCUCAAGAAGACUAAACCGUAAGUGGGUUGGAUUGCUGCCCGCGGCAAAACCGUCACACCACCAAGUAGAAUACUAAAAAUUUACCUUUCAGUAUCAGCGAGGGUGGGUCAGCUAAUGUACAGUGCGCAAACCAAUGAAG